AUGUCGGCAACAAAAGAAUUCAAGGCUCCCGUAACAAAGAGAAAGCAAAAGGAAGAGGAGGACUUCCCUCGUGGUGGCGCUUCAGGACUCACUCCCCUCGAAUACAAGGAGAUCGCCCACCAAGCUGAUACUUCUCUCUUCUCUGAACCCGGCUCGAAGACCCCGGCCGCUGCUGGAGCAGAACCCGCAAAGAAGAAGCGCAAGCCCACAAAGAAGACUGCCAACAGCGAAGUCAGCUUUGAAAACACCUUUGACAAGAAGAAGCUCAAUGUCGAGAUUCUCUCCUUCAAGCGUUUGACUGAGGGAACAAAGUUGCUUGGAUGCAUCAGCGGGAUCAGCCACGGGCGUGACUCUGACUUGCCCGAGCUUAUUGUCUCUCUCCCCAACAACUUGACAGGAUUUGUCAACAUCUCAGAGCUUUCGGACGAGUUGAUCCAGGCUGCAGGCGACACUCUCCCUGACUUGAAAGAGCAGUACUUCAUCGGCCAGUGGGUUCAGUGUGUCAUCAUCGGAUUGCAGUAUGGCGCUUCUGGAGGAGCUGCUGCAUCAGGAACUGAUAAGCAGAGACGCAAGAUCAUCUUGAGUUUGAAGCCCUUCAUUGUCAAUGCCGGAGUCAAGCCCGUCGAUAUCGCUGUCGGAACUUUUGUUUCUGGAGCAGUCAAGAGCGUGGAGGACCAUGGUUAUAUUGUCAAUCUCGGAAUCAGCGGCUUGCAUGGAUUCCUCAAGAACUCUGAGGCGAAGAUGUACCAGCGCAUCAAGAACAACGACAAGCCCUUGGCUGUCGGCCAGGUUCUCACUUUCAGCGUUCUCUCUAUGGAGUCUAACAAGAAGACUGUUCAGUUGACCGUCGAUGCCAUGAAGGUCUCCAAAGCCUUGCUUGGCGACAAGUUUUCGUUCUCGGAGGUCGGAUCGAUCAUGCCUGGAAACGUUGUCGAGACAUACAUCACGGAGAUUCAGGACAUUGGAGCUGUUGGCAAGUUCAUGGGCCAUUUCGACGCAACCAUCGACUACUUUCACACAUCCAAGGGCAUGAUCACCUCCAAGAAGGAGAUCGAGGAGACCCUCAAGGUCAACGACAAGGUCCGCGCCAGAGUUCUUUACAUCGACCUCGCCAGCCAGCCCACCAGAAUCGGUCUCUCCAACGCCAAGCACGUCAUGGGACUCACCCAGCCUAACACAACAGAGUCCGAGCUCGGCUCCAAGGUCUUCCCUGGAAAGGCCAUCCCCAUUGGGCGCUCCUUCGAAACCGUGACUGUCAAGCGUAUUGAUCCUCGCCACGGUCUUUUGUGCUCAAUCGGUGGUGUCGACAUCCCCGCCUACGUCCAUAUUUCUCGUGUCGCUGACGAGCAUCUCGCCAACGUCUCCGCCACUGGAAAGUUCCGCGUCGACUCGACCCACCGCGGUGUUGUUCUCGGAUACGAUCCCGUCGAUGGUCUUUUCCAGAUGAGCUUGCAGGAAUCCAUGGUCGAUCAGCCUUUCCUCCGUAUUGAGGAUAUCGUCGUUGGAUCCGUUGUCAAGGGAACUGUCGCCAAAGUCAGCGACAAGGGUGUGAUUGUCAGCCUUGCCAAGAACAUCAGGGGUUUCGUCCCCCUCCUCCACUGCGUCGACUCUGCUGUCACCAGCAGUACCAAGAAGCAUGUCGAUGAGAAGUUCAAGGAGGGCAAGUCGAUCAAGUGCAGAGUCCUCUCUACUGAUGCAACUGAGGGCAGAGUCAUUCUGACAUGCAAAGACUCGCUCAUUUCGAGCAAGCACCCCAUCUUUACUUCUCUCGAUAACAUCACUCCAGGCUCUCUCUCUGACGGUGUGAUCGUGAAGGUCAACGCGCACGGAUGCAUCGUGUCGUUCUUCAACAACGUCAAGGCCUUUGCCCACAUUUCGGAGCUCCAGGAGACUCACGUCAACAACCUGAGCAUCUUCCAGCCCGGUCAGGUCAAGACUUGCAGAGUCCUGGACGUCAACCCAGCUGAGCAGAACAUGAAGGUUUCGUUCAAGAAGUCCUCCGAGGUUGACUUGGGCUCCGUCGAGGUUGGAUCUAUCCACAAGGCCAAGAUCAUCACCAUUAAGAAAGACCUCAUCCAUUUGACUCUCAAGCCUUCCGAGACCAAGGCCGUUAUCCACGCUACCCAUCUCUCGGAUCACAUCGGCGAACAGGCGGAUCGUAUCUUUGCCAAUCUCAAGGAGGGCAUGAUCAUCUCAGACUUGGUUGUCCUCAGCAAGGAUGAGACCCGCGGUUCUGUUAUGGUCACCAAGAAGCCUAUUUUGGUGCUGGCUGCCAAGGAGAAGAAGCUGAUCACCGAACGCGCAGCACUCAAGCAGGGUCACGUGUAUCCCGCCUUUGUUCGCCAGGUCGCCAAUUUUGGUGUCUUUGUCGAGUUUGCCAACGGUAUCGAGGCCCUUGCCUUCCGUCACUCGCUCUCUGACGCCUCCGAGGCCGCCUUUGUGAGGAACCAGUCUGUUCUCGCCAAGGUCUUGAGAGUCGACCCCACUGACGGAAGGACCGAGGUCUCCCUGAAGCCAUCUGAUGUCUCUUCUUCCGAGUCUGUCUUGUUCCAGGGCGAGUUCUUGGCUGCCUUCUUCAAGCAGCUCGAGCGUCUUGCCAAGAAGGCCGACUCUACUGUUUCGGUUGGUGCCUGCACUUUGGCUGACGUCAAGAUUGUCGGGAACGACGAGUGGACCAUCUCUUACAGCGGCAACAAGACCGCUUCCGUCGCUGCCAACCAGGUCAAGGAGGGCAAGACCAAGGCUGGUGUCAAGUGCGCCGCCAAGGUUCUGGACGUUGAUUUUGAGCAGGACUCUAUCGACUUUACUUUGAAGGAUUCGCUUAUCUCUGCUGAGGAGACCAAGGAGGCCAAGGCCAACAAGUUCUCGACCGCCAACAUGUCCAAGAAUCUCAUCAGCCUUGCCGCCCUUCAAAAGGCACAGGGAACUGUUGAGGCCGUCGUCGAGCUCGUCAAGGACGACUACCUCGUUUUGUCCAUCCCCGAGGUCAACAACAUGAUCGCCUUUGCUGCCACCCGCUCCCUUAACAACCGCAAGGAUCGUUUCAUCGGAUACAAGACUGGCGAGAAGGUCAAGGCUAUUGUCGCAUACGUCCCCAAGUCCCAGGGUAAGGGCCAGGCUGCUGAGCGCGUUAUUCUCUCGAUCGAGCAGGCUUCCGUUUCCCCUCGCAACGGUGCUGCCAAGGAGGCCAAGAAGGGCACCAGCGGCAUUGCCGAGUUUGAGGACGUCAAGGAGGGCUCUAUCGUCAGCGCUCGUGUUGCCAAUAUUCAGCUCACCGGAAUGGAUGUUCAUCUUGGCGGAAAAGUCUUUGGUCGUAUUCAUCUUACCAACCUUGCCGAUACAUAUGCUCCCUCGGAGACUCUCCUGAAGAAUUUCAAGAAGGGCCAGCUCCUCAAGUGCUUCGUCCUCCAAGUCGACACGAGCAACAAGAAGAUUGAUCUCUCCCUCCGCCCCUCGCGUCUGGCUCCCGAGAACCAUGCUGUCGUCCACGACCCUGAGGUCAAGGGCUUCUCCGACUUGGCUGCCGGUGGAAUCCUUCAGGGCUAUGUCAGCAACGUCGCCGAUAAGGGUCUCUUUGUUGCCCUGAGCCACAAGCUGAGCGGACGUGUCAAGAUUGCCGAGCUUUCGGACGAUUACUUGAAGGACUGGAAGAGCCACUUCACAGUUGGCCAGGUGGUCAAGGCCAAGAUUGUCAACGUCAGUGAGGCCCAUCACCAGAUCGAGUUGACCUUGAAGGCCAGUCAGAUUGACCCCAGCAUCAAGGCCAUCCAGACCCUUGCCGACUUUACCAAGGGCGAGAAGGUGAAGGGUACUAUCAAGGCUGUCAAGGACAUUGGUGUCUUCAUCAAGAUCGACAACAGUACCGUAAGCGGUCUCUGCCACAUUUCCGAGAUCUCCGAGAACCACGUGCCCGAUGUCUCCAAGUUGUACGCUGUCGGUGAUCCCGUCAAGGCCAAGAUUCUCGACAUUGACAUGGAGAAGAAGCGUAUCUCGUUCGGUCUUAAGUCUUCUUACUUUGAGGAGGGCGAUGCUGAGAUUGGUGAGGACGAGGAUGAUGAGGAUGCCGAGGGCUCUGAGGAGUUGGAGGGAGCUAGUGAUGAUGAGGAUGUUGAGAUGGGUGAGGAUGACUCUGAUGCUGAGGACGUGGAGGAGUCCGAUGAAGAGGUUGACAACAUUUUUGCAGGACACGAUAACAGCGACUCGGAGGAUGCCGAGGAGGAAGAGGUUGAGGAGGAGACCAAGAUCGCAGACGAUGAUAGCGACGUUGAGAUGACCGACGCUGCACCUUUGGCCGUUGCCUCUGGAUUCAACUGGGACGGCAAGGACGAUGCUGAGGAAGAUACCAAGAGCGGCGACUCUGAUUCAGAUGAUGGCUCAGAUGAUGAGCGGUCAAGCAAGAAGAAGAAGGCCAAGAAGCAGGCGGUCGUUGUUCAGGACGACACUGCCGAUUUGGAGUCUCAAGCACCACAGGUCGCAACCGAUUACGAGCGUCUGUUGUUGGGUUCGCCCAACUCCUCGUACCUCUGGAUCAACUACAUGGCCUUCCAGCUCCAGCUUUCGGAAAUUAGCAAGGCCCGUGAGAUUGGUCAGCGUGCGUUGAAGUCGAUCAGCUUCAGGGAGGAGCAGGAGAAGAUGAACGUCUGGGUCGCACUGAUGAACUUGGAGAACACUUUUGGUAGCGCCGAUACCUUGGAGGAGGUAUUCAAAAACGCUGUCCAGACCUGCGAACCCAAGAAGAUCUAUCUCCAGCUAGUCAAGAUCUAUGAGCGUUCCAGCAAGAUCGAGCUUGCUACGGAGUUGUACAAGACGAUGACCAAGAAGUUCGGCCAGAGCUCCAAGGUGUGGACUGGGUUCGGUCACUUCCAGUUGCACCACGGCAACCUCGAGGCCGGCCGCGAGCUGCUCCAACGCAGUUUGAAGUCAUUGCCCAAGCGCAAGCACAUCAAGACCAUCUCCAAGUUUGCCCAACUCGAAUUCAAGUAUGGCGAGCCCGAGCGUGGUCGUACGAUCUUUGAGGGAGUGAUGAGCAAUUACCCCAAGAGGAUCGAUCUCUGGUCGGUGUAUAUCGAUAUGGAAGUCCGGAACGGAGAACAGGAUGCUGUCCGUCGCUUGUUCGCUCGUGUUGUGUCUUUGAAGCUUUCGUCCAAGAAGAUGAAGUUCUUCUUCAAGAAGUGGUUGGCUUAUGAGAAGGAUAACGGAGAUGAGGAGUCGGUUGAGGAGGUUAAGAGGAGGGCUUUGGCCUAUGUCGAGUCAUUAUCGGCAUAA